AUGCGCCCGCCGGCGCUGCUGCUGCUGCCGGUGCUGCCGGCGCUGCUGGGGGCCGCGCGGGCCGAGCUGCGGGUGCGCGUGCGGCUGCCGGGCGGCCGGGUGGCGGAGGAGCGGCUGCAGGCCGACAGCGCGGGCGACAGCGUGGGCCUGGAGCUGCGGGAGCCCGACGGCGCCCUGGUCUCGCUCACCGCCGACUUCCGGAAGCACGUGAAGAUCCUGCGGGCGCUGGUGCUGGGGGAGCAGGAGAAGGGCCAGCGCCACUUCCAGGCGCUCUGCUUCCUCACCCGUCUGCGCGACCAUGACAUCAUCCCCAGCGAGGCCAUGGCCAAGCUCCGGCAGAAGAACCCCCGUGCCGUGCGCCAGGCGGAGGAGGCGCGGGGCCUGGAGCGGCUGCACAUGGACGUGGCCGUGGACUUGAGCCGGGCAGCCCUGCUGAGCCCCCACCUGCACACCGUGUGUGCGGAGGCCACGGACGCCGUCUACACCCGCCAGGAGGACGCCCGGUUCUGGCAGGAGCAAGGUGUGGACAGCUCCAUGUUCAAGGCUCUGCCCGCGGACACAGAACAGGCGCUGCCUCGCUGCGGGCAGGCGGGGGACCGGGGCGCGCCCUGUGUCUGCCACUACGGCCUGCGCCUGGCCUGGUACCCCUGCAUGCUCAAGUACUGCCACAGCCGGGGCCACCCUGCACCCUACAAGUGCGGCAUCCGCAGCUGCCAGAAGAGCUACAGCUUCACCUUCCUCGUGCCGCAGCGGCAGCUGUGCCCCUGGGGGGAGGACCCCUAG